AUGCCAAGAAUAGAUGUAUCAAAAGAUGUAAAGCUUACAAUUAUGUCCUACAACAUUCAAAUGUUGUCUAUUCCAUUUAGUGUGCAUUUGAACAGCUGGACAAGAAGAAAUGCCAUAAUUGAUUAUAUAUGUUCACUUGAUGAUAUAUACGAUAUUGAUAUAUUAGUUCUAAAUGAAGUGUUUACGAAAAAAUGCUACAAACUUUUAACAAGUGGGAAAAUAAAAGAGAAAUUUCCUUACCAUACAAAUGUAAUAGGUCGCAAUUACAAGCGCCAUGAUAAUUACAAUGACAGUUCAUCAAGUACUGGACAAAAAGAUGGUUUAUCAUUUCAUUCAAGUGAUACUAAUAUAAAUAUUGAAAGUACUCGUGGUAUAUCAAAUUAUGUGAGUGAACAAAUGGAAUACAUACGAAAAAAUAAGGAAAAUCAUAAAAAUAAGUUAAGUAAAAUUUCUGAAGAUAUAAGUGAAAAUUCAAAUAGUUCCUAUAAUUCAAAUUUUGAUAGUGUAACUGGAAAACGUAAAUUCUUUCAUUUUGUUAAUGGAGGUGUGAUUGUUUUAUCGAAACACAAAAUAUUACAUAAGCACGCAUUAAUAUAUUCUAGUGGUAAAUUUCCAGAUGUAUUUUGUUCCAAAGGAGCUAUAUAUUUAAAAUGUGAUGUAAUGAACAAAAAGGUAAAUGUUGUAGCUACACAUUUACAAGCAGGUGAUAAUAAAGAACAACAGAAAUGUAGAUGGAAACAAAUCGAUGAAUUAAGCAAAUGGGUAUAUGAAGGAAUUCCUAGUACAUUUAUUAAGAAAUUUGAAUCAUUAUUUUUUGUAGGAGAUUUUAAUAUAAGAUAUAAUGCAGAUAGAUUAUUUUUAGAUAAAGUUUUAUCAGAUAAUUACUUAAAUAGUUAUGUAACAAAAAAAUCUUUAGAUACAACUUAUGACUCCUUUUUAAAUGAUUAUUGUAGAUAUAUAGAAAGAGAUUAUAACUAUAAACAUAAAUAUACUUUAGAUUAUAUACUAGUUGCAAAUAAUUCAAAUGUGGAAAUUAUUGUCCCACAAACAUCUAUACAAAAUUAUUAUAAAUCAUUAUAUUUUAUAAAAUUCUUUUUAGGUAUUAUUCCAUAUAAAACUACAUACAUACACCAUCCCAGUGACCACUUUCCAAUAUAUGCAACAUUUCUUAUUUUAAGUUAA